AUGUCAUUUCCGAGCCUGCUCCAGGUGCUUUCGAGCCACUGGUUCGCAGCCUGCCUGGCCAUCUUUGUCCUUCGCGCUCUCUAUCGCCGUUAUGUUCCUAGCCUCAGAGAUAUCCCUGCAGUCAACUUCUUAGCAACGGUGAGCCGCUGGAACAAGGUUCUCCAAGUGCUGUCAACUCGUGCUGAGAGGAACUUGCUAGAAGCGCAUAGGAAGCUCGGCCCCAUCGUCCGCAUCGCCUAUAACGAAGUCUCCAUCGCAGACCCGGAAGCUAUCCCCAUCAUCUUUGAUAAUGAACAAAGAUUCGUCAAGACAGACUGGUACUACAUGUUUGGUUUCCCAACACCAGAUGAUGCCAACCUCUUCUCCGUCAUCGAUCCAGUCGAACACAAGCGCAUGAAGCGCAAUGUCGCACCCGCAUUUUCAAUGUCUGCCCUCAUGGCCUUGGAAGAGUUUGUUGACUCAACCGUGACGCUCUUCAUCCAGUGCAUGGAUGAGCUUGCCAUAGCCCCUUCAGUUCCGCCGUCGCAGCGCAAGGACCCGAUCAACAUGGUGGAGUGGUUCCAGUGGUACGCCUUUGACGUGGUGGGGGAGCUGAGCUUCUCGCGACGCCUCGGGUUUCUCGACACCAAGUCUGACGUGGGUAACAUGACGAAGGUGCUUGAUAGCUUCAUCCAGUACGCAUCCACGGUAGCCAUGAUGCCAGAGCUGCACAAGUUUCUCUUCGGAAACCCGCUGGUAGCCGCCUUCCUUAGUCCUCCGGCGCUGGUCAUCUCGGAUGUCACCAAGCAGGAGAUGGACAGGCGUGAAGCGGACCCGGAUGCAGUGCACUCCGACAUCAUGGACAAGAUCAUCCAGUCUCAGAAGAAGAUCGGGCCUCAUGAAUUCCCGCAUAGCGAAAUCUUCCAGCAUGCCGUGGUCAACUUGUCCGGGGGCUCAGACACCACCGGAAUUGCCAUGGACUCCUUCAUCUACCACCUCCUCAAGAACCCGAAGGCCUACAAGAAGCUACAGGCCGAAAUCGACCAGGCUGCGUUGAAAGGGAAACUUUCGGACCCGCCGAGGUACAGCGAGACAAACCACCAGGCCAUGCCGUACCUCGCGGCCUGCAUCAAAGAGGCCCUUCGCAUUCACCCGCCCGUCACCACCACCCUCCCUCGCCAUGUACCGCGAGGCGGAGCUUACAUCUGCGGCCGCUUCUUCCCGGGCGGUACCAGAGUGAGCGUCUCGCCUUUCGUCGUUGCAAGAGAUAAGAAGCUCUUUGGGGAAGACUCGGAUGCGUUUCGGCCGGAGCGUUGGCUCGAGUGUUCGCCCGAAAAAGCCUUUGACAUGGAGAAUGGCUGUUUGCAUUUCUCUCAUGGCGCGCGCAUAUGUCUAGGACGCCAUAUCGCCGUCAUGGAAAUUUGCAAAGUCAUGGCUGCGCUGCUAAGACGGUUCCGCCUGGAGCUCGCUGCCCCGGACGAGGAAUGGGAUGUGCGCACUUACAAUUUGCCAAAGCCAAAGUCACUCAAUGUGUAUAUAAUUCGUAGAGAGUGA